GAAAGACCCUCCAGGUUCGAAGCAGACACUAAAGUUACUAUCGUGGCGUGGACUCUCCACUCUUCGAGAAUCUUCGGAGGCGCCAACGGCCAAGCCUCUGAGCUUCCUUUCCACAAUCCCGUACUGUGUUGUAUACACAGAGAGAUACUGAAAUCCGUCUGGGUUUUAGGUUUUGGGUUUUGUGGCGGUGGAGGGAGCAUGCGUAACAGGAGAGUUUUAUACGACGACGAAGGAAAAGGCGUAGCCGGUGGAAUGGAGGAUGAGGAUGAGAGCAUGGAAGUGGAAGUGGCCGAUUCCGAUUCCGACGUGAACGAAGAAGAAGACGAUGAAGAAGAGGAAGGUCAAGAUGAGUAUGAGGAUGAUGGGUUUAUAGUAAAUGAGGAUGAACAGGAAGAUGGCGACCCAGAUGAACCAAGGCAAAAGAAGAAAAAAAAGAAGAAAAUAGAUUUGGAAAAGAAUUUUGUUCUCGACGAAGAUGAUUAUGUAUUACUUGAAGACAAUAAUGUCUUGGGCAUUCGUAGGCCAAAGGCUGGAACCAAAAAAUUUAAGCGGCUUAAGAAGGCUGGGAAAGAUACUGAUCCGAGAGUACACUCUGAUUUUUUUGACGAAGAUGGAUUACUUCUUGACGACAUUGAUGAUGACGAGGCAAAAUCAAAAUACGAUGAUGAGGAUGUUGUUGGAGACGAUGAAAUGGAUGGUUUUAUUGUAGAUGCAGAAGAAACAGAUGGUUGUCCGGUGAGGAAGUUGAAAAGGAAGUCAAGGCAAGAAUAUGGAGUGUCAUCAUCUACAGUAGAGGAAGCACAUGACAUAUUUGGUGACCCUAAUGAAUACCUUAAUCGUCGCAAGAAAAGUCUAGCUAGGAUUGACCAAUUUGAUAACUCUGGUAGGCAAAUGGAGGGGAGUCUGAAUAAUGUAUAUGAGCCAUUCAUCCUCACAGAGAAGUAUUUGACCGAGAAGGAUGAUCUUAUAAGAAAUAUUGACAUGCCUGAGAGGAUACAGAUAUCUGAGGAAAGCACUGGACCUGCUCCAGUAGAUAUCAUGAGUAUAAAAGAGGAAACUUCUUGGAUACUUAGUCAACUUACCACAAAAAUAACAUGGUUCUGCAAGAUGAAGGUUAUUGAAGGAAAUGAUGAAGGUCCUGAUCUGUUCAAAAAAGUUGAGCAAGACAUUGAAAGAUUCUUGAAGUUGCAUCAUGUGGAGAAGCAUGAUAUUCCUUUUAUUGCAAUGUAUCGGAAGGAGCUUUGUCUCAGUCUAUUGAAAGAUCCAGAGCAAGAUGUGGCAGAAAAUGAAGAUGAGGAUGAGACUAAGAGAACGACUAGGCUUAAGAGGAACAAGAUACUUUGGGUCAUCAAGGAUUUGGAUAGAAAGUGGUUGCUUCUUCGUAAGAGGAAAAAUGCUCUUCAGUUGUACUACAAUAAGCGCUAUGAAGAAGAAUUGUUGAAAAUGCAUGAUGAAGCAAGACUCAAUUUGAAUAAGGAGCUGUUCAAAUCAAUUUCCAACUCUCUCAAAAAUGCUGAAUCAGAAAUAGAGGUCGAUGAUGUUAACUUGAAGUUUAAUCUGCACUUUCCCCUGGAUGAAGUAAAUGUUUCUCAAGGGCAGUUUAAGAGGCCCAAGAGGAAGUCACACUACAAGGUAUGCAGUAACGCUGGCCUGUGGGAAGUUGCAGCCAAGUUUGGGUGUAAUUCUGAGCAAUUUGGUUUGCAAGUUACUCUGGUUAAUGUGAGAAGGGAGGAUUUGGAGGAUUUAAAGGAAUCUCCUGAGGAGAUUGCUUCAACUUUCACAGGUCCAGUGUUUGAAACUCCACAAGCUGUGCUUAAAGGUGCUAGGCACAUGGCUGCGGUGGAGAUCAGUUCUGAACCAUGUUUCAGGAAACAUGUUCGAAGUAUUUUUAUGGAGGAAGCUGUAGUCUCAACUAGACCCACCCCCAAAGGAAACAUGGUAAUAGAUCCUUCCCAUGAAUUUUCAGGGUUUAAGUGGCUACAUGGCAAGCCUCUUUCUCAAUUCAAGGAUGCUCAGUGGCUUCUAAUUCAGAGGGCUGAAGAAGAGAAACUCCUUGAAGUUACUAUAAAGUUGCCAGAGAGUACCCUUAACAAGCUGACAAGUGAAUCUAAUGAUUGUUAUCUCAGUGAUGGUGUUAGUAUAUCAGCUCGACUCUGGAAUGAACAGCGCAAAUUAAUCUUGCAGGAUGCAUUUUCAAAUUUUCUUCUUCCUUACAUGGAGAAACAAGCUCGAGUCUUCUUGACUGCCAAAGCAAAAGCCUGGCUGCUUGAGGAAUAUGGGAAACAGUUGUGGAACAGGGCCUCAGUGGCACCAUAUCAGCACAAAGAAAAUGAUGAUGAACUAGAUGAAGAAACUGCACCAAGGGUCAUGGCUUGUUGUUGGGAUCCUGGAAAUCCGGCAACCACUUUUGUGAUGUUGGACUCAUUGGGAGAAGUGAUGGAUGUAUUGCACGCCAGCUCCCUUAUCAUAUGGUCCCGGAACAAUCAGAAGCAACAGAAGCAGAAGAAAAUUGAUCAGGAACGUGUCCGUGAGUUCAUGACUGAACACCAACCCCAUGUAGUUGUUCUUGGAGCUGUGAACUUGGCUUGUCGGCGGUUGAAGGAAGAGAUCUAUGAGCUAUAAAAUUUAUAACCGUGUAACCUGAUUAUAUUUAAGAUGAUGGAGGAAAAUCCUAGAGAUGUUAGUCAAAAGAUGGAUGGGAUCAGAAUUGUUUAUGGGGAUGAAUCCCUGCCUCGUAUAUAUGAACAUUCACGGAUUUCUUCAGACCAGCUUCCUGGGCAACUGGGCAUUGUCAAGCGAGCUGUGGCUCUUGGUCGUUUUUUGCAAAAUCCACUGGCUAUGAUUGCUACACUGUGUGGGCCGGGGAAAGAGAUAUUAUCUUGGAAGCUUGGCUCCCUGGGCUACCUCCUUACACCUGAUGAGAAGUAUGAGAUGGUUGAACAGAUGAUGGUGGAUGUCACCAAUCAGGUGGGUAUUGACAUAAAUUUGGCUGCUGCUCAUGAUUGGCUUUUUGCUCCUUUACAAUUUGUUUCUGGGCUUGGACCUAGUAAGGCUGGUCAUUUACAGAGGGCAUUAAUUAGAAUUGGAGCAGUUACAUGUCGAAAGAAACUGAUUGAACAUGGGCUUGGAACAAUGAGUGUGUUUAGAAGUGCUGUUGGUUUCUUGCGUGUACGUUGCUGUGGGAUGGCAUCUGCUAGCAGCAACAUGGAUCUUUUGGAUGAUACAAGAAUUCACCCAGAGUCUUAUAAUCUUGCAAAGAUUUUGGCUAAGGAUGUUUAUAAAUGUUUUGAAAAUGAUGAAAUUGAUGAUGUGGUGCUAGAGAUGGCAAUAGGAUAUGUUAGAAACCAUCCAAAAUAUCUAGAAGAUCUCAAAAUCUUUGAAUAUGCCAAAGAUUAUGAAAUAAAACAUGGAAAAAAUAAAAGAGAGACACUUUAUGAUAUAAAAAUGGAGUUGCUUCAUGGAUUUCGAGACUGGAGAAGUCCUUAUGAAGAACCAAGCGAGGAUGAGGAGUUCCUUAUGAUAACAGGUGAAAAUGGUGAUACACUUGCUGAAGGGAAGAUUGUUCAGGCAACAGUUCGCUCAAUCCAAUCUGAACGAGUGUUCUGUGUGCUUGACUCUGGAUUAGAUGGGAUACUUUUCAAGGAUGGUUUUUCAGAUGAAAGGGAUGAGAUUGACUUGACAACAAAGCUACAAGUUGGUGAAAUCCUCAUCUGCAAGAUUAAACAGAUUGAAAAGAACAGACACCGUGUGGUUCUAACUUGCAAAGAAAUUCAGUCAAGGAGCAGCAAAGAUCAAAAUCCCCGUAGUGUUGACCCCUACUACUGUGAAGAUCAGAGUAGUUUAUCAAAAGAGCAGGAGAAAGCCCAGAAGGAGCUUGCAAAGAAGCAUGUCAAACCGAGGAUGAUUGUUCAUCCGCGUUUUCAAAAUAUUACAUUUGAAGAAGCAAUGGAGUAUCUAUCAGAUAAAGCUGUGGGUGAAAGUACUUUUCAUCCAAGUUCAAGAGGCUCAUCUUAUUUGUCUUUAACUAUUAAGAUCUAUGAUGGAGUUUAUGCUCACAAAGAAAUAACUGAAGGUGGGAAGGAUCAGAAGGAUGCCAUGAGUUUGCUUCAUCUUGGAAAGACGUUAAAAAUAGGGGAUGAAAAUUUUGAGGAUUUAGAUGAGGUUAUGGAUCGAUAUGUUGACCCAUUGGUAACUCACCUGAAAGCUAUGCUUAAUUACCGAAAGUUCAGGAGGGGCAAAAAAGCAGAAGUUGAUGAUCUCUUAAGAGCAGAGAAAUCAGAUUAUCCAAUGAGGAUAGUUUACUGUUUUGGCAUUUGUCAUGAGCAUCCUGGUGCAUUUAUUCUGAGUUAUAUUAGAAAUACAAAUCCACACCAUGAGUACAUUGGUUUAUAUCCCAAGGGCUUCAAGUUUCGGAAGCAUACUUUUGAUAACAUUGACCGGCUUGUGGCAUAUUUCCAGAAACACAUUAAUGAUCCAUGGCCAGAAAAAGCACUGUCAAUUCAAUCAGUUGCUGCCAUGGUACCAAUGAGAAGUCCUGCAGUUGGGGCACCUACAGGCGGUGGUUGGGAAAGCAACACUGGUGGUUGGAGAGGCCAAUUCAACUCAAGCAGAGAUAAAACUUGUACACCUAGUUCUAGAGGAGGAAAUGAAAAUAGAAGUCGUGGCGACAGUGGUGAUGGGUGGAGCAGUUUUCCUGGUGCUGAAGUCCUGAAUUCACCUGGCAGAGAAGUUCCCCCUGCUGGGUGGGGCAGCAGCAGUGGUAGAGCCGGGGUUGAAAAUUUGGGUGGUGGUGGGAGGACCAAAAGUUGGGGCUCUUCUGGGGUUGGAAAUUGGGGUCAUGGUAGGAGUACUCAUCAUUGGGGUGGCAGCAGCAGGGGAGGUACUGCAAGGGGUAGCAAUUGGGGUGGUGCCAGGGGAAAUGGGAGAGGUAGUGGUAGUCAAGGGUGUGGAAGCAAUGGUCAUGGGCCUGGACGUGGCUGUGGCCGUGGCCAUGGUUCUUACAAUGCCAAGGACCAAAAAGAAUUUGGGUAUGGUGCAGGUUCAGAGCGGGGGUCAGUGCUGAAUGUUGAGGAUAAAAGUUGGGAUAGUGAUGGAUGGGGCAACUUGCCAGGUUUCAAGGUCCAAAACCCACCCAGUAGAGCAGCUUCGUCUGAUGGUUGGGGCAGCUGGGGUAGGAGUAAAGCAAGUGACAAUAAUGAGGGUGGUGGAGGAAGCACUGAUGGUUGGGGGAAUGACAAGGCUAGUGGAGGCAAUGGGAGUGGUUCCGGGGAGGCUGGGAGUAGUGGUCCUUGUACUUGGGGCAACGGUGGUGCUAAUUGGGAAGGGGUCAGCAACAGUAACAGCAAUAGUCAUGAAGAUGGGACUGGUGGUGGUGGUGGUGGUGGUGGUGGUGGAGUAGGUAAAGGCGGUUGGGUUGGAAGUGUAAGUGGAAGUGGUGGUAGGGAGAAUAAAAGCAAUGCUGACGGAGAUGUUGCCUGGGAUGCGGCAUGCUCGAAGGGGAAUGCUGCUUCAGAGGUUGCCAAUACUGGAUGGGGUUCUAGCAAAAGUAAUACCACCCUUUCUGGUGGUGGAAAUGGAUGGUCUGGUGGUGGCAGUGGAGGUUGGUGAACUCGCAGAAGAAAAAGAAAAAAAAAAUGUAUAGCAAUUCUCAUACGGUAAAUUUACAGAGGCCAGAGAGAAAGAAAAAACACAUAUAGGAUUAAUAGCUGUGACAUUACAAGUGGCUUCGCCCAUCUUGUUACUUCAAUUUCAAUUCAUUGGUUUGGCAGAAAGCAGCUCUUAAAUAUUGCUCCGCCUUUCCAGACUCUCAUUGCCUGAGAUAUUUGCUUCACGAAACUGACUUGUGGCUUUGCCAAAUUGAUGUUGCAAUUUUUUUCU